GGACAACUAUCAAGUUAAUAUUUUUUAACUAAAUCGAAAAUAUUCACGUGUUUUAUAGAGAGCAUCGGAGGCUUUAGGAAUUUCACGCACGACUGUGCAAAGAAUCAGUUCUAGAGGAAUCGUGAAAGAUGAAGAACAAAAAGCAGCAACAAGUCACAGAAUUGCUUUGUCCCGUGGAAUUCCUGCUUAUAAGAUACAUGAACAUACAAUUAGAACACGUAUUUAUUCAAUGUAUGCUGCAGGUAGGCUACAAUAAAUUUAUUAUUGUUUAAUAUUAUAUGUAUCUAAUUUUUCACUGUAUGGGAUUAUAUAGGGGAACAUAUUACAUUACAAACUUUGCAAGCAAACCUUCAAAACAUUGAUGAUGUUCAGUUGUCUCUGACUAUGUUGGGGAAAGGACUUAAAUAUUUGCAGUUUAGAUGGCAAAGUUGCAAGCAUUCUAACAGGAAGUAUUUAAUGGAGCAGCCAUAUAUUGCACAGAAGAGACUGCAAUUUUUACGACAAUAUAAAGAAAAUCAAAUCUCUGAUUGUUCUUUCAGACCAGUAUUUCUUGAUGAAACCUGGAUUUACAGUAAGGGUGGAUUUAGAAAGAGCUGGCAAGAUGGCAGUCUACAAACAGUUCGUAAAACAUCUGGAGAAGGAGUAAGGUACAUGUUUUUUACAUAUUCAUUGGUUCACUUAUAGGUCAGUUAGAAGGGAACAAAUAGAGAUACAAACAAUAAUAUAUGAUAACUGUUAAGUUGUUUCUAGUAAGUAACAUAUGAGCCAUGCACUGCACAACUCAGUUAACUCCACUUUUAAAAAUUUUUAAAUUUAAGUGUAAAACCAAUUGUAAUAUUCAAACAGUUUUCCAAAAAAUAGACAAAUAGACAAAUAAUAACCUCUGAUGUUUGGAAAAUGUUAAGUUAUUAAUAUACCAACUGGAUUUACACUUAAAUUUAAAAAUUUUCAAAAUGUAUUGUUCAUCACUUAGACAAGGAAAGGGGGGGACGGGCAUUACCAGUAGAAAUUUUGUGAUGGAAAAUCGCUAGGCUCCAUGCCAAGGCCGUUUGUGAAAAGUGAUUCCUAGUUCUUUCUCUCAUUACAGAUCUUAGAAUUGUAAGCACAACAAAACACCAUACUUAAAUAAUAAUUAUUUCAAGUCUUUAAAAAGCUUUUUACAGCACAAAAUACAAAAAAACACACAAUUUUUAGGAGCCAAUCACAAAAUUUGAUAUUGGCCGUAGAUGUCGAUUACGCGUCCCCUCUCUUUGCUUGUCUAAGGUGCAUGAGCAGUAAACAGCUGAUAUAACGAUAAUGUUUCUAACCUAAAGAGUGAAUGCAAAGAAAAACAUAAAACGUUACAUCUGCAUAGCAACAAGUGUGCACCAAUAAAUGCAUGGGAUUAUAUCGAUUACAUUGUAGUUUAACUGUAAAGAAAUGUACCUUGUACUUCAUUUUUGGAUGAACCAUCUCUGAUUAUAAUGGAUAAUGCUCCAUAACACAGUACCCUUUUCGAGAGAACUCCAAAUCAGAGUUGGAGUAAGGAAUCCCUGAUUAAUUUCUUGCAAGAAAAGGGAAUCCAAUCACCACCUCUGGCAAUGAAAGAUCAGGUUUGGAAUAUUGUCAAGCAGAAUGUUGCACCUAAGAAAUACAAACUGGACGAAUUAGCCAAUGAGAAAGGACAUCGUGUGUUGAGACUUCCUCCAUAUCAUUGUCAGUACAAUCCCAUCGAAAUGGUAUGGUCAGAAUGCAAGCGCUACUAUGAUGCCAAGAUUAGUGCCAUUCAUCCUGUUACAAGUGAUGCAGUAUUAGGUCUUUGGAAAGAAGCACUUGAGAAGGUUACACCAGAGAAAUGGAAGAAUUAUAUCAGACAUACCAAUAGCAUAAUCGAUAAAGCCUGGGCCCAAGAACAACUGAUUGAUGCCUCCGAUAUUCUACCUGUAAUUAUCGACACGAAUGAUUCCGAUUCAGAUGAGGACAAUUAUUUAACUGAGGGAGAAGAAAGUGUGUAGUGUUUAGUGUCUAGUAUUAUUUUUCAUACAUAUUGUUUUAUGUUGUACAGUGUGAGUCAGUGACAGAGUAAAGAGUAAAUUUAAUUAGUAAAUUAAUUUUAAAUAUAGAGGGGACUCCAAAAAGUGAGGCAGAUAUAUAUUAUAAAUAAUGUUAUAUACCUAGAACUAAUAGUUUUCUUAAUAUUUAUUUAAAAAAAUGUGUUAUGCCAGCACCGACAUGGUAGUGGCAUUGUGUAAAAACUUUUCUAUGCUAAUCACUGGUAUGAAAGUAUUUACAUAUUGCCACUACCAUGCCAGUGCUGGCAUACCAGUUAAAUUGGCGAUAGCUACAGUAUAUAAUAAAUCAACAAUCAAUCUUUAUAUACAAAGGUUAUAGAAUUUUGGGCAGAAUCUAAAUAUAAAAUAAAAAAUUAUUGUAUUGGGUGUUACAUUAAAAAAAUAUUAUAUCUGCCACACUUUUUGGAGUCCCCUCUUAUUUAAAAUUAAUUUUAAAUUGUGUACCUGAUAGCACAGGAUCAGGUUGCAGGAUUAUUAAGCUCAUAAUGUAAUUAAAAUAUAAUUUUUAUAUAUAUUUGUGAAUAGGGUAAUA